UCAUUUCAGUUAAUGUUCUGAAACUAAUGCUGUUUUUUUCUUCUUAAAUUCGUAUCUUGUAUGGGAGGGAAAUCUUCAUAUGUAUCGUGGUUGGACUCUGCAUCAUCAGUUUUGAAUCCUCAGCCUCAGAUGUGAUAUGUUUUGGUCGAAAUCAGCAUUCCUCCGAGCUGUAUAAAUGUGACUGCUUCACUCUAUAAAUAAUUCAAUCAGGAUUUUACCAAUAGCAUCUCUACAACACCUACUCAAAGUUCGUUUUCGUGGAACUUUCUCGGGGUCUCCACCUUUACGAGGAUUUGGCGUCUUGAAGGAAAUUGCAGAGUAUAAAGAUUGUCUUAGAUUUACCGUUAUGGCUGGUUACAACACCCUUACAGAUGCUCCUAAUGGCGAUUCAAAUAUUCAUUCUAAGCCUUUAAGGACUUACCAAGUUGUGGUAGCAGCAACUAGAAAUAUGGGCAUAGGAAAGGAUGGCAAAUUGCCAUGGAGAUUACCUUCUGACCUCAAGUUUUUCAAGGAGGUUACUAUGGGUACAUCAGAUCCUUCUAAAAAGAAUGCAGUGGUUAUGGGUAGAAAAACAUGGGAAAGUAUCCCAAUGGAAUAUCGACCUUUACCUGGUCGUCUGAAUGUUGUGCUUACCCGUUCUGGAAGUUUUGACAUUGCAACUGCGGAGAAUGUUAUUAGUUGUUCAAGCAUGGCUUCAGCUUUGGAACGAUUAGCAGCAUCUCCUUAUUGUCUAUUGGUUGAGAAAGUUUUCGUUAUAGGAGGUGGUCAAGUAUUGAGGGAAGCUCUGAAUGCUCCGGGAUGUGAUGCAAUCCAUUUUACUGAAAUUGAGAACAAUAUUGAGUGUGACACUUUCAUCCCUCCUGUUGAUUCCGCGCUUUACAAGCCGUGGUACUCGUCCUUCCCGCGGGUAGAAAACAACAUUCGGCAUUCUUUUGUGACUUAUGUUCGGCUCAAGAGUUCCUUGGAGUCAGUUGUUAAAAAUGAGACAUUUGAUAAUAAUAGAGAUUCCAGUAAAUCUGAGACGGAAAAGUUCACCUUUUUGCCUAAGAUGAUUUUCGAGAGGCAUGAAGAGUACAAUUAUUUGAAGCUGGUUCAGGAUAUCAUUUCUAAUGGUAACACAAAAGAUGAUAGAACCGGGACUGGGACCCUGUCAAAGUUUGGUUCCCAGAUGAGGUUUAAUCUCCGGAAAUCUUUCCCACUUCUGACAACUAAGAAAGUAUUUUGGCGAGCUGUUGUUGAAGAACUUUUGUGGUUUAUCAGUGGUUCAACAAAUGCAAAGGUUUUACAACAGAAAGGCAUUCACAUUUGGGAUGGUAAUGCAUCACGAGACUACCUUGACAGCAUUGGUUUAACAGACAGGGAAGAGGGUGACUUAGGACCCGUAUAUGGGUUCCAAUGGAGACACUUCGGUGCUAGGUACACUAAUAUGCAUGCGGAUUACAGUGGGCAAGGAUUUGAUCAGUUGGUAGAUGUAAUUGAAAAGAUAAAGAACAAACCUGAUGACAGGCGAAUCAUUCUUUCAGCUUGGAAUCCAUCGGAUCUUAGUUUAGUGGCACUUCCACCAUGUCACAUGUUUGCACAGUUUUACGUAGCCAAUGGGGAGCUAUCAUGCCAAAUGUAUCAACGAUCUGCUGACAUGGGUCUUGGUGUGCCGUUCAACAUUGCAUCUUAUUCUCUUUUGACAUGCAUGAUUGCUCAUGUUUGCGAUCUUGUUCCUGGUGAUUUCAUCCAUGUUAUUGGUGAUGCCCACGCUUACAAAACCCAUGUUAGGCCUCUACAGAAACAACUUCAGAAACUUCCUAGACCUUUUCCUACUUUGGAGAUCAGUCCCGAGAAGAAGGAUAUAGAUUCUUUUGUGGUGUCUGAUUUCAAGCUAAUGGAUUACGAUCCUCACCAGAAGAUAGAGAUGAAAAUGGCAGUUUAGAUUCCGGACCACUUUAAUAGUUAGAAUAAGCACACUGCUCAUAUUGCUAAAUCAUUAUAUAUUUUUGUUAUUUCAAAAUUUGUAUGCAUCCUUCAUGUUUCAUACUUUCGUACUGUAAACUGAAAUGGGAAUUCUUGAUCUUUAUGCUAGGUCAGAUAAAUGUUGUGUCAUUCUUUAAAGUAUUUUGACUUAAUUUUGUUUUUUAAAGUAUUUUAACCA